UGACGUAAAAUUAUACAUUAAAAAGAAGGACAGACACAAAGUCUUUGAAAGGUAUUUCAGCGAACUAAUUUACACUCUUUACCGCGAUGAAGUGCGAGAUUUUCCACCUUGUUCACCUUAUUCUGGACUUCGAACAAUACUACAGAGACAAGAUAUGAAAGAAAGAACAAUAGACUCUGUAGAAUACACUGAUUAUUCACUACUUCGAUGCCUUAGUAAGGAAAUAUUUGGAACUGCGCAGCAUGUUGAUCUGCUUCUAAUGGAGCUUACCUCCGAGAUUCAACAGAAUCAAAAUGUCUAUUUGCAAGAUGUAGAAGACAAUAUAAAAGACACUUAUGAAAAAAUAUUUGGUAAAUAUGCAGGUACAGAAAAGGAAAAACUGAAAUUGGUCCAAUACGCUGUUACACGUAUAGAGGACGAUUUGCCAGUGGGGGACUUGUUAAUGUUAGCUGCAUCUUCUUUUUUACAAACAAAAAUUUAUGUGUUACGAUUUACCGAAUCAAAUUUAUCUACAAAAAGUUACUGGAAGGAGUAUCUUCCUCUGCGGCAGAGAGCUGAUAGACAUGGAAAUAAGGACAGUCAGACAGAAUUCAUAACAUUAUUAGAGGCCGAAUCAAAAAGAUUCUACAGAAUUGUUGCUAAAACAAGUGAAUGUAAUUGCGAACUGACUGUUCCAAAAGUUCCAUCCGAAGAGCAGGACCCUGUGUCUCUUCUAUCGAAUGCAGAUGGGUCAUUUGUAAGGCAUGUGAGAAGAAUGGAGACCCUAAUUGAUAUAAUCAUGGAUUGUAUUGACCAGUGGCUAAAAAGCAAUUACCUUCUUCAGCAAACUUGUGACAAAAUCGUUCAAGAACUGGAACUUCGUCGUCGAAACGUCAAUAUUGCAACGAUUUCGGGUUCUAGCACUGGUAUAUUAGGUGCUGUUCUUACUGCAGUCGGAAUUGGAAUCGCUCCUAUAACAGCAGGGGCUUCGGUUGCUUUAGCUGUUGCUGGUGGUGUGCUUGCAGCUACCGGUGGAACUGUGACUUUAGGAGCCAAAUUUACUGAAACUAUUCUGAACAAAAACACACUUGAAGUUCUGAAAAGAUAUCAAAAUAAUUUUCAAGAACUAUCUAAAACGGUAGAAUCAAAAUUAGAAGAAUUUUCAAAUCAAAUAAAAAGGCUUGACGAUAUAGCAAAUGACAUGAAACGUAGACAAGAACUUGAGGCUUUUGAUUUUUCCGCAGUUCAGAGCUUACCCGGGAUAUUUCGAAUGGCCAAGGGACUAACAAUGAUUCCAUUGGCAAUGCUACGGAUUUCUGCACGGGGAAUUACCAUUCUUGGAGUAGUCAUAGGUCCGUUGACCUCUCUUAUAGAUUUUGGUUUUAUGGCUUUUUCCAUCCGGAAUAUGAUUAAAAAAAAUAAAACAGACAUCUCUGAAGAGCUACGAAAAAUAUCUUGCUCACUCUAUGCAUGCAGGCGGCAAAUACACGUUUGGGCGUACGGAAACCAAAAAGAUUUCAUUCUUGACUCAGGGAAUCCACAACAAAAAGAAAUGAAUUGACCUUCCGCUACGUACAUAUUCUAGUACCAAUCACUGCUU